GGAUGAACGGAAACUGCGAGCUCGGGCAUACAGACGAGAUAGGUUUUGGGGACCGACUUCCAAGGCCAAGUUUCUUUCUCCCAAGGUGGAUCGACGGGAGCAGGAGGAGGAGGAGGAAGCAGAGGUCCGGGCUGUCUCUGUGCCUCCAGUCUCCCGCGACGGCCCGCAGCGGCUGCUUCCUCUCAUUGGCGGCGGUCUGGGCUGAAGAGAAGCGAGCAAGGACGAGGAGACUUUGUACAUACCUGUAAAAUACCAAUUCUUUUC